AUGUCUAUUGUCUUUCCCAACGGUCCAACACCACAGGAUGACGAGCACGCCGUUGCCUCGCUAAUMAGGGCCGACAAGAGACACCCUGGACGAACACACGUCUUCAAAUGUGUGAACACGGAUAUCCCGGACGAAGAACCGUUUCACCAAGUAGUUGGUGUAUCUUUCUGGAAGAUCUUCAAACACGAGCGAAGUGAGGAAGAUCUUAAGCGAGAGGAGGAGGAGGAGGAAAGGGACUUGGCUGAGUACGGUCGUCCACCUACCAUGAUUGUGGACGGAAUAGCGGCUUUCCAAAAGACUUAUUCGGGCUAUCGAAAGAAGCAUCUAGGCAAUCGGCCGUUCAUUCUACUGCAUGUGCUUGCUACUCGGGCUGAAUUUGCGAGGCAGGGGGUGGGAGCGAUGUCGUUGCAGUGGGGAAUUGAGAAGUCUGACGAGCUAGGACUGCCGAUUUGGUUAGAAGGCUCGCCGCAGGGUGUGGGACUAUACAAGAAGUUCGGAUUCGAAGUCUUGGAUACAUUGCCAUGGGACGCUCGGGACUAUGGCUAUCAUGAGCCUUUGACGCAUCUGUGUAUGAUGAGGCAGCCUGCCAAAAAGCCGGAAAGAUAA